UGGGAGGGCGUUACACCCAUCCAACCAAUGUUACGAAAACGAUUCCUCUCAAGCGCCCGAUGCGCAAGAGAAAGAUCGGGUGCUUCAUUGGUACAUGUACAUCCUCCCCCGUGCAAGACUGGAGGAGACUUUUAGGGAUCCACAGCCUAAUCUUCGUUCUUAUCCACUCAUUCCACUGUAAUGGGAUUGUUUGUGUGCUUCCUGCCUUCUCAUAGCCAUGAAACCUCCUUUGCUCACUGCUUUGGAACCAUACUACGGCUUCUCCCACUUCACUGGAGUAUCCAUGCCAGCUAAGCGAGUUGUACAAGGCAAGCAGUGGAUCAUAGAGAUGCACCAGUAGGUAUAUUUUUGCGAUUUUUCUACUGUUCUAGUUUUUUGCGAAUUUUUUUUUUUUAAACACCACCAACAAACCCGGUGUAUUUUGAUUUUUUUUUAAGUUGGAUCGGAAUGUUGCAUCGGGUGUGUUGAUGAUGUUUCACUUUUUUUUCUUCAAGUUCUUGUGGAUCUAUUUAAUGUUUCAAAUUAUGAAAUCUUAAUGUUCCCUGUGUGAGAGUGAAAUGUUUAACUAUGAUUAAACUGUUUUCUAUAAUAUGGUGAAACAUCGCUCAUAUUUUUACUGGUAUCCUCGAUUUUAUUAGAGAACACAGCCGGAUGCUUGCUUGCAGAACGUGUGCCCCGGGUAAGAGGUUAUCUGUAUAGAAAAAUCAGUCAAUUGACUCCUGCUAGUGGACAUACUUUGAGAUGGACGACCAUGAUUGUGAUAUUGGUGACCGGGGUGAAAAGUUUUUACAUGUCAUAUUAGAUAUACGGACACACAUUUGAAGUAUUAAACGUAGUCUAAUAACAAAACAAAUUACAUAUUCCGCCUGUAAACUGUGAGACGAAUUUAUUAAGCCUACUUAAUCCUUCAUUAGCAAAUAUUUACUGUAGCAACACAUUGUUAAAUCAUGGCCUAAUUAGACUUAAAAGAUUCAUCUCGCGAUUUACACGCAAUCUGUAUAAAUUUUUUUAUCUAUAUGUAAUACUCCAUGCAUGUGUCAAGCAUUCGAUAUGACAGCGUGAAUAGUUUUUACGUGGGAAUUAAACCGGGCCAAAUUGAAACCAUCUCGUUAUGUCGACACGAGCACGGUCGCCGUGGUGGAGCCGCCGGCGAACGGCGCCGACACUUUCCACCACUCUGUCGUCGUUGCUUCUCCUACUGGCGACGACGACGACCAAAUUGUGCCGGAGCUGCAGCGACGGCGAGCGUCACGCCCUCCUACGCCGCAUCCAGCCGCUCAUCGGCCCUGAGUUCUCCUCCAGCGGACGGUUGGAUUGGGACGAGGCCGUGGACUGCUGCCGCUGGGAGGGCGUCACAUGCAGCGUCGCCGGCCGACGACGAGAAGCAGCAGCUGGUGGCCGCCGUGUCGUGUCGCUGUCGCUCCCUGGAGUCGGCAUCGCCGGCGCCGUGGAUGCCGCCGUGCUUGCGCCGUUCACGGCGCUUGAGAAGCUCGACCUGUCCGGCAAUCAAAUCACUAGCUUUUCAGCUGCUAAUCGCUCAGACAUGGUUGUCGGUGCUGUUCUCAACAACUUAACCGCACUUACGGAGCUGCACCUAGCCGGGAAUGAGAUCACCACCACAGGCUGGAUUUCCAAUUUGACGUCCCUGCAGGUUAUUGACAUGUCCAGCAAUAAAGUACAUGAGCUCAACGGUAUUUGUGGCCUCCAUCAACUAAAAUAUCUAAGCCUUGGUUUUAACAUGAUACAAGGAGUAAUUAAUCCAUGCUUGGGGAAAUUGCAGUACCUGGUAUACUUGGACAUGGGAUCAAAUUUUCUCACAGGUGAGAUUGGACAAUAUUUACUAAGCAACUUAACCCAAGUAGAAGAAGUACAUCUUGGGGACAACAAUCUUACUGGCACAUUUGACUUCUCGUCUUUGGCUAACAACUCUGAGCUCCACAGCAUCGUCCUCUCGAACAACUGCAAACUAGAAAUCGAAACGGAGCUUGUAAGGUGGACACCGUUGUUCCAGCUCGAAUACUUGAAUCUAAGCAAUAGUAUUGUCAACAAGAGAAGCAACGGGAUCAUCCCAACUUUUCUGUCAGCCCAAGUGAGCCUCUCUGGGAUUGAUCUCUCCAUAUGUUCACUCCAGGGGAGGAUCCCAUCUUGGAUGUUGUUGUAUAACGUUUCUUUAGGUUUCCUCUUGCUGCGCGGUAAUAGCAUGGAUUUCCUCGACACUGGCAAUCUCGGAGCCAACGUUACGUCAUCAAUGGAGGUGCUUGAUCUGUCUGACAACAGGAUAUCAAUGAAAAUGCCAUACAACUUUGGAAGUCUAUUUCCAUAUCUAAAGUACCUUGACAUGUCUUCCAACAUGCUGAAUGGCGGAGUUCCAUCACUAGCAGAAGCCGCGUCAUCGUUGCAGUUUCUUGACUUGUCAUUUAACAUGCUCAAUGGGGAGAUAUCGCCGGAAUUAAUAGGGAAUGCAUCCAUUUUGACAUCCCUUCUGCUCUCACACAAUGACCUAACUGGGCCUAUGCCACCCUUCCAUUGGAGCCUAGGGCAGUUGACUCACCUGAGCGUUGAAAACAACCAACUAUCUGGUCGUUUGCCGCCUCUACUUACGAACUGCACCAACCUUGAGAAUCUCAAUGUGAGGAAUAACCGUUUAUCUGGUGUAAUCCCAGUAGGCCUCCUCAGCUUUGAGAAGCUUGGUGCUCUCCUCCUUGGAGGAAACCAGUUUCAUGGUGUCAUUCCUUGGGAUAUUUGCCUCAACAACCAUAUCCACUUCAUAGAUCUUUCCAAUAAUUGGUUCUCUGGUGAGAUACAGGUUGCUUAUACAGUGUUUUCUGGUCAGAGCUGCCAAUGAACUCUGAGGAUGACCCAUUUGGCAACAUCACACAGAGAAGACAGACAUAUGUCGAAUUCACGACGAAAGGGGAGAGCUUGACAUACAUGGGAAUGCCUUUAGAGCUCAUGAUAGGCAUAGAUUUGUCGAUGAAUCGGCUAUCUGGACCCAUCCCUAGCUCUGUUGGGUUCUUGCUGCAGCUCAAAUCGCUCAACCUAUCACACAACAAGCUUGUUGGUUCGAUACCUGACACGUUCAUGUACCUGCAUGAAAUGGAGAGCAUGGAUCUCUCACACAACCAUCUCAAUGGGAGUGUCCCAGUGGAGCUAGCCAACCUCUCCUUCCUGAGCUUCUUCAGUGUUGCAUACAACAAUCUCUCCGGUGAGAUUCCCUUUGAAUCACAGUUUUGUACGUUGAACGGAACGGCAUUCGAAGGGAAUGAGAACCUCUGUGGAGAAAUUGUUGACAAGAUUUGUCCAAUGAACUCGAACUGCUCACAUGAUAGCGAUGAUGAGAUGCAUCAGUUGUUGUCAACGGAUACCAUGGACACGCCGCUGAUCUACUGGUCCUUCGUUGCUGGGUCCUUCGCCAUUGGCUUUUGGGGCAUCAUUGCAUUACUUAUAUGGAAUACAGCCUUCAGGAGCAGGCUCUGCAGCUUCAUGGAUGGAUGCAUGUCUAAGAUGGGCUGGUUUCUUGUGCCUUGAUUUAAAGCCACUUGUGCCCUCAACUACAAUAUCAAUCAAUUUUUGCUCUGUUUCUAUUCCAAUACAGUAUUCCGCAUUAAACAGAUUUUUGUAAGAGGAGUUGAAUUUACAGAAUUCCUUUUGAUGGAAAAGCUAGUAACUCCUUAUUCACUCAACA